AUGCCGACCAUGGCAAAAAGCAACAACAUAAGAAAAAGGCGCGACAAACAGUUCGAAGUUGCCGUCAAGUACAUAAGGGAGAGCAUUGAUGACCCUGAGCCAUCCACCGCAUCACGCACCACGUGUGUGAGUACACAGCAAUAUCAGCUUCAGGAUGCGUGGCAACGAUUCCAAUCCUGCCAACAAGAGUUAGACGAUCUGGAUGACGAGGACCUCGCGCAGGAAGCGCAGGCCUUGAAGGAUUUCGGUGAGCUGAACGGGCGACUCAAAAUCCUUGCUGGUAAAAACCAAUUAUCAACUUGUCUGACGUCAUCAAAUCACGAAUUAGAAACCAAGUCAGAACGGACCGCCGUCAAACUGCCAGACAUCCAGUUGCCCAAAUUCGACGGCACCAUCGAAAAUUGGAAGUCCUUUUACGAUACGUUUCUGUCCGCCAUCGAUCGAAAUGAGAACCUGACGCAAGUGCAGAAAUACCACUACCUGCGAUCGUCCGUGACCGGUAAGGCCGAGAGAAGUAUAAGUUCGUUAGAUAUAACCGAGUCCAACUAUACAAUUGCAUUUAAUGUGCUAAGGAACAAAUUUGAUUUUCACCGUUGA